AUGCACUUGUAUUGCGAGGAUAAGCCCAAUCAGAGCUUCCGCGAGGAGCCUCUGGAGCCGCUGUUCCCGGAGUUUGCCGACCUGCCAUCUGUCGUCCUGUGGACGAACUUCUACAAGGACAUACCCGGAAUGCGCGUGACGGCCCUGGCGUGCGAGUGCGGCUACAUCCGGGUGAGCGUCGUGGACCUGUCACUCCUGCGCGUCACGCACGUCUGGUCCACGACGCACGACAACCCGGUGACUUCCGUGCGCCUGUUCACCCUGGGCACGCGGCUGGAGGCGCCCGAGUUUGUGCGCGCGGCGCUGCGCGACCCGAGCGACCUCGCCACCCCUGCCGACCACCAGCCGCUGCACCUGCUGGUCACCAACGCGCUGAUGCCGUCGGCGGUGUACAGCGAGCUGCCGCUGGCGCCCGCCGACAGCGACGCCAGCGACGUGGUCACCUGCUCCUGCGUCUGCGACAUCAACAUGGACAGCCGCAACGAACUGGUGCUGGGCACCUACGGACAGGAGAUCCUGGUGUACAGUCUGCAAGGCAACACGUGGGCGCAGAUCUGGCGCCACAGCUUCUCGCAGCCGCUGCUCGGGGUCACUUAUGUGGACCUGAUCGGGGACGGCAUCAACGAGCUGGUGGUGCUGACCAACCACGGGCUCCAAGUGCUGCAGCACGACACGCGCGAGGCGGCCGCCCUCUGCCGCCAGCGGCUGGAGACGUUGAGCGGUCCUGACCAGCGGCGACUUGGCUGA